AUGGGGUUUGGAAUUGUUGCGGUCGCGUAUAUUUUUGCCCUCUUACUUACCGUGGCCCUGAUAUUUCUGGUCAUUUAUCACGUAUAAUUUUUCACCGUUGUUCUCAUAUCCCAAUCUUCCUGCAGAUUAUAGCUUUUGACGAACUUAAGACCGACUAUAAAAAUCCGAUAGACCAGUGUCGAAGUCUCAACCCGGUAACCCUUUAUACCUGACUAAUUCUGGCAGCUCGUGCUUCCAGAGUAUGGCAUACACGCCUUUAUUACUCUCUUCUUUUUGUUGACGUGGCAAGUGGUCGCACUGUUCAUCAAUAUACCUCUUCUGAUAUACAAUAUACAACGGUUUGGUUUCCUCUGAGAAUGUCAAAUAUUCAUCCGAUUCAGUUAUGCAAAUCGCCCUGUUAUGUCUGGUUUUGGAUUGUAUCACCCAACGACUGUACUCACGAGUGGCGAACUUAACAGAGCAAUGAAGGAGGGUUGGGUGAAGUUGGCCUUCUUCAUAUUGACGUUCUUCUACUACUUAUAUGGGCAAGUCACCUCACUAUUACUAUUUUAUUGCUAUUCUUUUAGCAUGAUUGCAACACUCGUCUCCGCCUAA